GGAAAAAGUGUGCAACGAGGGUGAAAAUAACAACUGGGAUCUGAGUUUUCAGAUCUAAUGCUGUUCACUCUGAUGUACCACCAAGAGGAAGGUAAAUCAAUACGCCUACUAUAAAUCAGCUAAUUACUAAUGGUCUACUUGUUUCCUUUCCAUACCGCCUUCUUUUCAAAAAGAUCCACUGCAAAGCAGCUGGAGCUGCAUUUCAGGGCGUGAAGGAUGCGUAGACUGUGCAAUAGAGGGCACUCCUCCCCUUCAGAGAGUCCUGUGAGGCAGCCUCGCCCUCCCAGAGCUGGGUGGGAAACCUUAUGUGCCAGCAGCAAAAGCACAGAGGAAGAGCAUAUCUGUAGGACAGUAGGAGUCGUUCUUCAGACACACAGGCUCUGCUGAUAGACCUACUAAAGACUGGCAGCCACGAAAUUAAAGAAAUCAGAGAGACCCAGAAGGAGCUGGGCAUUAACAAGCAAGAGCUUAUGUCAGCAAGGCAAGGGAGUGGGGAAACAGUUACCUCCACAUCUCUGAAAAGCAUCGCACACAAGCAACAGUGGGGAAGAACUGAAGAUCUGAAAAGUGUCCAUCAUCUUUCCAGCAGGGCCUUGAAACACAGUGCUCAGUCCAUAGAGAAUCUUAGAAAAAUCCAGGCUGACUGGCAGUAUGCAAGUGAUGUAAUUACAGCCACUAUGAAAAAGCUGCAGGAAUCGGGAACAUUUAAUAUCCUAACAGAAGCUAAUGAGCGAGAGAAGGCAAAAAAGAACAAGUGUCAUGAUGCUCUCGUCAGGGAGGAGGAAGGAAAGAAAGAGAUAAACACACUCAAGAAACAGCUGCAAGAUUUCAAGAAAGAAACUGAGAUAGAACUUCAGAACCGGGAUGAUAUGAUUGCUUAUCUCAAAGACAAGCUUCAAGCAAUGAAGGCCAAAACAGACAUGGAGAGACGCUACAUGAAGAAAAGCACAGAUCUCCAGGUCCACCAAACUCAGAAGAAGUGCAGGAAUGCAGAGAAUAUCUUGGACAAGGAAAUUCAGAAACUAAGGAGCGAAACUGAGGAGGAGAAUCGAGUCCACACGGAGACUGAAAAUUUCCUCAGAAACCGCUAUAAGAUUGUGGAAGAGAAGCUUGAAUCCUGGGUUGACAAGUAUGAAAAUGACAUGGAUGCUAAAGAGAAGGAACUGGAUGCCCUAAAAGCAUCAAAGGCAAACAACUUGGAAGUAAUGCAGAGAAUCGCCAAGGAGUACCUGACAUUUGAGGAAACCAUCAUCAGGGACCGGGCGGAAAAGGAGGCUAAAAGAAGAAAACUGGAGCAGGAUGCCCUGGAGCUGAAGAGCAUCCUGAAGCUGCAGGCCUGGUGGAAAGGCACAAUGGUCCGCAGAAACCUUGGCCCCUACAAGGCCCUCAAGAAAAUGCAGGAGAAACAGCUAUUACAGCAGAAUGAAAAAGGGAAAAAGGAAAAAUCUAGAGCAAAGAAAAAGACACGAUAGUUAAAAGAACCCUGGUGACAGACAUGCUCCAGUGCUGCUGCUGGGCAGAGCAUCACGGUCUGCCUCUCUGACAGGACAAAAUAAACCACGUAUCAGAGCUCAGACUGUUCUGGGGAGCACAGUGGAGGGAA